AUGAAAAGAAAGCAAACGAUAAAUGCGGAUUACCAAGACAUGAUUCAACAAGCCAAGAGCAUGUUUAAUUUGGGUUAGGACGAAGUAAACGAGAUUAUCGUGGAAGUGAAAAAAUUUGAUACCAAAGGGACUGGAUAUGUAGGCAAACAUGAAGUGGAUGACGUUCUAAGAGAUCUUAAACUGUUAGACAAUGAAAAGUUGAUAGCUAGGUUUAAUGAGGAAUUAAAAAUAAUGAACGCAAAGUUUCUUGACUUUAAGCAGGUUUGUGAUUUGUAUUGUAAAUUAAAACAAUACUAGUAGUAACUAAACGAAGAAGAAACCAUCACUCAAGAAUACAUUGAUGCAUUCUGUGCCUUGGGGGGUUAACUUGAUAAAUCAGGAUUUGUAUUAAAAUCUACAAUUAUUGAAACGAUAAAAAGAGAAUUUGAAUUAAAUUUAGAAUUGGAUUCAAUCUUAGGUGACUUUCAUGGAACCUAAUUGGAUUUCGAUGAGUUUUGUUAGUUGUUUGAGAAUGCUGGAGAUGAUGGUAAAUCAUUUAUUACUAAUGUGUCUUUAUCAAAAAGAAAUCAGAAUGAUUUUGUUGUUAGAUACAAGGACUUCGAAAAAUGGGACAAAUUAGUUAAUUGAAUUGAAAAUUCAUUUUAUAUUUCUUAUAGAAUAGAAAUAUAUAUAAAA